AUGGCUAACAUGAUCAUGGCCACCUCCAAGCCCUUGCUCUACUCUCCUCCCCCCACCGUCGCCGCCGCGGCCAAGCCAAAACUCCCCAAAAUCUCCCUCCCAGUCAACAGCACCACCAACAACAAAUCGGCCCAAUCCCUAAUCAUCUCCGCCUUCAAACCGGCCUCCCUCCUGGCCACAAUCUCCCUCUCCGCCGCCGCAUUAGCUCCGCCGUCUCUGGCAGUGGAGAUCGAGAAGGCCGCUCUGUUCGACUUCGACCUCACCCUCCCCAUCAUGAUGGCGCAGUUCCUGCUCCUCAUGGUCGGGCUCGACAAGGUCUACUACUCCCCGCUCGGGAAGUUCAUGGACCAGAGGGACGCCGCCAUCAAGGAGAAGCUGAACAGCGUGAAGGACACGUCGACGGAGGUGAAGCAGCUGGAGGAGCAGGCGGCGGCGGUGAUGAGGGCGGCGAGGGCGGAGAUAUCGGCGUCGCUGAACAAGAUGAAGAAGGAGAUCCAGGAUGAGCUGGAGGAGAAGCUCAAGGAAGGGAGGAAGAAGGUGGAGGGGGAGCUCCAGGAGGCGCUGGCGAAGCUGGAGAAGCAGAAGGAGGAGACGAUUGUGUCGCUGGAUGCCCAGAUUGGCGCUCUCAGUGAUGAUAUUGUAAAGAAGGUCAUUCCUGGGUAUGUCAAAUCAUAA